AUGCCGGCGCCGUCCCUCCGACAGCUCUGCACGGCGACUGCUAUCAGAAACGUGAAGUAUCUAAGCGAUAUAGGCAACAUCCCUUAUGUUCUUGCCCGCCCUUUUCUUGUAAAGAUUGAAAGUCCUGAACGAUUGAGAUUAAUAGAAUCGCAAUCCCCCCAUAUCCUCGAUGACGACGGCGAACUAUGGUACGAGUUUAUCAAACGUGAUAUACCGAAAUGGGACCAAUACGAACUCCCCAAGUCGUCGUCCGAGUGUUCCUACGAUCUAUACUGCGACCUCCGAGAGCAGGUACAAAGAGCUGUGGAUGAGGAUGCCCGCAACUUGAAGAUGGCCCUCGACGGGAUCAGCUCGGAGCGAGCCAAGCACAGCGCCAAAUUGGUGGAGCGGCGGCAUCGCGAAAAACCAACGGCCAGGCAGCGCUACGCUUCGCAUGACCGGAAAAUGGGUGGCAUUGGUCCUGUCUUCACGGGGACAUCUAUCAGCCCCUUUGCGCGGCCCCCGCGACCAGAGGGCAAGAAGAAAAAUAGCAUAUUCACCGCAACGAAGCGGAAUAGUGUGCUCGCCGUCCCUACGAAACAACUCAAUAAUCGGGCUUCACAGGUCAGGCAAGCGCCACGCUCGUUGAUCGAGGAGCAUAGGCCAGUAGCGGGCCCGCCUGCUACUCGUCGAAAGGCACCUGCGACUCCAGCCUUGAGAGCGCCGGGUCGAUCGGGGCUUCAUAGCACACCCGCCGCCAGCCUCGCUGUACCUCCGGCCUUGCAAGAAAAGGAGGCAAGGCUACGAGCAAUAGCCUCGGGGCAACGGUCAACCUCGCAUACCCCAGGACCUGCUACGCCUAGAGCGGAAACAGAAGCGUCUUCUACAAGAACCCGCCCUGCCCUACCAAAUACGUCGAGACCUCCACCCUCGAUUGACUCUGAACAUUUGUCGGGGGCGACGAGUUCUCCGACCAAGUCAGUGGUGUCCAGUCCCCUUGGUGCAGCUAGAGCUGCACCUAGCCAGCCCAACACUCCUCCAGAACAAACUCCACGCCCUGCGCCCCUUCGGAAAAGACCGCCUCCUAGUGUCUUCGUUCAACCAAAACGAAGGAAGCUAUGA